GUAUCUGCAAGCCACCCCACCCUCCCUCCCUUCCCCCCCUUUCCUCUGAACCAGGGUCAGCGUCCUCAUCUCUCCAAAAAUCAUUCGCCUGCUGGCCAUUUCCAUUUCCAUUUCCAGUAAGAAAUUUCAAUCCUUUUUUGGGCCGAAAUUGAUUAGUUUCUCGUUUUGGAGCUUCACCGACUGGAUAUAUACCCAGCCCCCCUGACCAAGACAGACCAUUGCAUCGCUUCAGAGCCGAAACCCACCGAGAGGCGCUCAAAUGGUGAAUUCGAUUGGUCAAAUGGGGAACGGCGAAAUGGGUCCUCCGUGGCUGAUACCAAUGCUGGAAGCGGACUUCUUCGGACCGUGCUCUGUUCAUGGAGACUCUCACAGGAGCGAAUGCAAUAUGUUCUGCUUGGACUGCAUUGGGAAUGCCUUCUGCUCUUACUGUCUGGUCGAUCACAAAGACCAUCAUGUGCUUCAGAUAAGGAUAUCUUCCUACCACAAUGUGGUGAGGGUGAGCGAGAUUCAGAAAUACAUCGACAUCUCGAACAUUCAGACAUACAUCAUCAACAGUGCGAAGGUGGUGUUCCUCAAUGAGAGGCUACAGGCGAGGCUUGGGAAGGGAGUGACCAACACUUGUGAGAUUUGUUGCAGAAGUCUCCUUGACUCCUUCAGAUUCUGCUCUAUGGGCUGCAAGCUCAAUGCAAUCAGGAAAGGUGACCCAAUGCUCACAUUUGCCCCGAGGACGAACCAAGGCCGCGGCGAGCUCGUCAGUGGCUCCCGAUCAGACGAGUUGUCCACACCCAACAAGAUUCAGAGGAAGCCGUUUUUCAACCGCCUAAUGAACGGGCUCACCAUCUCAUUGCCGCCUGUUGAUCAUCACGAUAAGAAGACGGACGGUGAGCAGAAGUCUCAGACCGCUAGCUCUGAAGAUGGCAUCGGCACCAACUUUUCUCCAUCUACUCCCAUCGUGUACAAUCACCAUAACUCCAGGAAAAGGAAGGGCGUACCUCGCCGUGCCCCAUUUUAUUAGAAGUUAAGGAAAUGCACCCUAAAGAAAAAGUGGAUUAGCUAGAUGGAAGAAGUAUAGGAAUUUCAUUAUAUCUAUAUAGAAGAAAAAAGUGGAGUGCAAUGUGGGGUAAAGGUAGGAGAAUAUAGGGUUGUUUUUCUUGUGGGGCUUGGUUUUUGCUGAGAAACGGUGCUUUUGAUUUUGUUUCAUCGGAUAAUAAAGUUUGGGGAUUUUAUUUUCAAAGUUGGCGUGGUAAGAUAUUCUAUAGUGGGUCCUUGUACAGUUCAUGAAGGUUCUCUUUUUGUUUAAUAGAAUAGCAAUAAUGGAGUUGCAUAUGGAUGUGAUGUACAUGGAAGCAUAUUUUAUGCACAUUCAUAUAUGAUGAAGUUUCGAAGGUUUUAUAUA